GAAAAUUUUCAAAAUUUGGGGAUUUGGAGAAGUAUGAGGAGGAGCGGAAAUGGAAUUUUAAAAAUAUAGGAUUAUCAGUUGCAUGGGCUACUAGAGGUGUGUGUGUGGGAGGGAGAAAUAAAUUGUGAAUUGGGCCUGGAAAACCUAAAAAUAAACAGAACAGAGUUAGUCAAGUAUGAAGUGUGCCAGUUUCGCCUUUUGCUUUCGUUUUCACCCAAUUUCGUCUUUCUUUAUGUUUCGCCUUUCGUCCCUUGUCUUUCGCUUCUUUAAAAUCAGUUUCGGCACUCUCGUGGUAGUCAACCACCUUUCCUCUAUUUUUUUGUUAGAUAGAGACCGGACUGGGAGGAUUGUACGAUUCUCUCGAUAA